GCUCUUCAAGAUUAGUGAAAAACCUAGCAGGAAAAAUACUCGCAAAAGAGAAAAAAAAAAAAAAAAAAGAUCCCCCCUCCCUCUUCCCAUAUAUACAAAAGGGAGAAGGGAAGCGGCAACGUGCUCUGAAUACGUGUUGACUCUUUGAGAGUCCUCUCACUCUCUCCCUCUAUGGACUGUUGGCAUGCAGCCUCUACAGCCAAUUGAUCGGACACCUCAGGCUGAAGAGUGAUUGGAAAACCCUUCGCCCCAGUGGUCUGUCUCCUAUUAAAUGCUAGGUUCCAUCAUAUAAGCUCUCAUGGUUGGACGGUUGGGUUCCUUUUUCAUCCAGUGCAACAUUUAUGGGGCCUGUUGCCUUGGUAUUUUUUGAUUCCAUUGAUUACUAAUAAAAGGAAAGGGGGGUCAAAGCUUCCAGAUUUACUUUUUUUUGAGUCUUUACUAAAGAAUAAAGGACUGACCUAUGGCUUCGCUGUAUCAGAGAUUCACCGGGAAGAUUAACACCUCCAGAUCUUUCCCGGUGGCACCUGAAGCGAGUCACCUCUUGGGUGGCCAAAGCACGGAGGAGGACAGUGCCGGGAAGACCCCACGCCCACCGCCAGAGAGCCGAGCCAGUUAUCAGUACCAGCCACGGAAUGACUGUGAGGAGGAAGAUGAGUUGGUGGGGAGCAAUCCUCCUCAGCGGAACUGGAAGGGAAUCGCCAUCGCCCUGCUCGUCAUUCUCGUUAUCUGCUCCUUGAUUGUCACAUCUGUUAUACUGCUGACUCCAGAUGAAGAUAACAGCCUGUCUCUCAAGCCAAAGGUAUGUCUGGAAGACUUGGUCAGCAGAGAUUUUGCAAUCCACGACCCUGAAGCUAAAUGGAUAAAUGAUAAAACCAUAAUAUUUCGAACCCAACAAGGGAAUGUGGUGAAGCUGAAUGUAGAGCAAAACGAGUCAACGCUUUUAAUAGAAAACAAGACAUUCGAGGCCCUGAAGGUCAGUAAAUAUGAGGUAUCUCCGGACAUGAAGUAUGUGCUGAUGGCGUAUGAUGUUGUGCCGGUCUACCGACGCUCUUUUACUGCGCACUAUGUCCUGUGCAACCUCAUUACAGGGGAACAUCGUAUUUUAAAUCCGCCAGAGGUUCGGAACGCACAACUUCAGUAUGCAGGGUGGGGACCUAAAGGCCAACAGCUGAUAUUUAUUUUUGAAAACAAUAUCUACUAUCAAAUGAACGCCGAGAGUCGGGCUAUCCGUUUGGUCUCCACCGGAAAGGAAGGGGUCAUUUUUAAUGGUCUGAGUGACUGGCUAUAUGAAGAGGAAGUCCUAAGGACUCACAUUGCUCACUGGUGGUCUCCAGAUGGCGCCAGGCUCGCAUACUCGACAAUCAAUGAUACCAAAGUGCCCACUAUGGAGAUUCCGUUAUACACUGGAUCCCUCUACCCUACCGUGAAGACAUACCAUUAUCCUAAGGCCGGUUCUGAAAACCCAGUAGUCACCUUGCACGUCGUUAACUUGAACGGACCUCUUCACCACGUGGAAAUGACACCGCCCGAUGAUCAAAGAAUGAGGGAAUACUACAUCACCAUGGUGAAAUGGGCAACAAGUACCAAAGUGGCGGUCAACUGGUUAAACAGGGAGCAGAAUAUUUCUAUCCUAACCCUUUGUGAUGCCACAACGGGGAUUUGCACAAAGAAACAUGAGGAUGAAAGUGAAGCCUGGCUGCACCGGCAGAACGAAGAGCCAGUCUUCUCAAGGGAUGGAAGAAAGUUCUUCUUUGUGCGGGCGAUUCCACAGGGAGGGCGUGGGAAGUUCCAUCACAUAGCGAUGUCUUCUUCUCAGGCAAACAACAGCAAUGAUAAUUUGCAGUCGAUCACGUCGGGAGACUGGGAUGUUACGAAGAUUUUGGCUUACGAUGAAAAGAAUCAAAAAGUCUAUUUUCUCAGCACAGAGGACUCCCCGAGAAGGCGGCAUUUGUACAGCGCCAAUACAAAUGGGAGUUUCAACCGCCGGUGCAUUUCCUGCGAUUUGAUUGAGUAUUGUACCUACGUCAGCGCCUCGUUCAGCCACGGCCUGGACUACUUCAUACUCAGAUGUGAAGGUCCUCGGGUUCCUGUUGUGACUGUUCAUAACACCACUAACAGACAGAUUCUCAUUGAGUUGGAGAAUAAUUCUUAUGUGGAAUAUGCUAUGGGUGAAAAACAGAUCCCUAUAGUGGAAUAUACGGACAUACAGAUGGAAGAUUAUAAAUUGCCAAUGCAGAUCAUCAAGCCUGCAACUUUUUCCAGCAAAGCUCAUUACCCUUUGCUGCUCGUUGUAGAUGGAAGCCCAGGUAGCCAGAGCGUCACCGAGCGGUUUCAGUUCAACUGGAUCACAGUGCUGGUCAGCUCGUUUGGUGCCAUUGUGGCCAAACUGGACGGACGUGGGAGCGGAUUCCAAGGCACAAAGCUUUUACACGAAGUCAGAAGGAAGCUGGGAUUUCUAGAAGAGAAAGAUCAAGUGGAAGCUCUCAAUACAAUGCUUAAGAAAGAAUAUAUCGACAAACAGCGAGUCGGUGUGUUUGGAAAGGACUAUGGAGGAUAUCUAAGCACUCUUCUGCUUACAAGUGGCGAGGAGAACCCUCUUUUCUCCUGUGGGGCGGCACUUUCACCAAUUACAGACUUCAGUUUAUAUGCCUCUGCCUUCUCUGAAAGAUAUCUGGGAUUAUACACUGCCGAUAACAGAGCAUAUGAGUUGGCCAAAUUAGCCCGCCGAGCGUCCGCACUGAAGAAAGGGAAAUUCUUGAUUAUCCACGCCACUGCAGAUGAGAAAGUUCACUUCCAGCACACGGCCGACCUCAUCAAGCAUUUAGUCAAAGAGAACGCCAAUUAUUCCUUGCUGAUCUACCCCGAUGAAAGUCACUACAUGAGGAGUGAAGCCAUGGAGAAACACCUACACAAAUCCAUUGUCAGCUUCUUUGAAGAGUGCUUCAGAAUCCAAGAUCGACCCCCCGUUGUGGAGAUAGACGAGGAGGAAGAGGAAGAUUAAUUUUUCUGUUCGUGCCAAGCACAAACCACUUCUUACAUAACAAUAUGCAACUGAAUUGUUUUCCUUGGAAACUUAGGAAAUGUAAUGUUUAGCAUGUAUCUAACAGAACAGCACCCCCGACGGCUUACUUGACUGCACUUCUUCUUAGGUGAAAGAACAUAAAGCAUGUUGGACUCAGCGGUACCUGCUGUCUGAAUACAUGGCUUUUUGUUACCACUCAGAAAUCGCUGUUGAUCAAAAAAUUCAAACAAAAUACAAACCCCCUUCCUCCAAACCACAGCUCUGUUUCAAGGAACGAGACUUUCUGAGGAACUCCUUAAGGACUACUUCCAGGUUGCGGUGACCUGUUGACUUCAAGAAAACAAGCAGUAUCAUCGGAACCCAUUCGUAUUGUUCAACCCAGCCGGGUUCUAGAGUGGUCAAACCCAACGAGUCACGGACCUCUCUAGCACCAAAGAAUUUAACAUUGCAUUUGUGUCUGAUGAAAACGACUACAUGGGGAGAAUUAAAAAAAAA